UGCGCUACUCUUCAUGGCGAUUGUGGAUAUGGCCGUUGGAUGUGGCAGUGGUGUAUUUUGGCACAACUUGAGAGACCAGACCGCCAGCGCAGCAAAAGCAUAGCUAAGCAUAGAUAAAACCACCAAUGGCGGGGGUGCGUUGAGGGUUUAUAUGUAUAUUUUUCACCUUCCUCAUGCGAAGUCAGAGUAUUGUGCAUUUUCCAAUUUUCUCGCCGCGUCAAUCAAAUGAAUGCCGUGUCCGCUGUCGCAAGUAAAUUCGGAAUUUUGCACUUGUUCCAACUUGUCGCGUCGCCUCACCGCCUCCCGUCAUACUGAAAUCUGCAUUUUAACUGGUAUUUUGUGCAACGUACGUUUCAACACUAUCUAUCUAUCGCCUUAGUGCGAUGGCAAUUCGAUGUGUGGCUUCAAGUUGUGUUAAUAUCUGUAAGUUUCGCCAAAGGCUUCAGAUAGUGCAGAAAAUGCAUUGUAAGUGAGCGCGCAGCAGAAGCGAGAAGUGCCACAGCUGUUGGACGGAAAAACGACUAGAAAGAUGUGGAAAAUUUGUGAAAUAUGUAUAUAUGUAUGUAUAAAAUUGAAGCCAACUAAAAUCUGAAGGAAAAGUGAAAAUGCAAGUGCAAAUGAAAUGUCAAAUAGAAGAAACAUAAAAGAAAACGUGAGAAGAGCUGAAUAAACAUUGCAAAUUGUUAUAAAAAAGGCCAUUGAGUGCGGAAAUUUGGCUGGAAAAUCGAAACAUAUUUUUGAUGCCGGCUAAAUCUAUGCAUGCACGAACCUGCAUACAACACCAAACUCUAAUAAAUAUUGGUGAAUUGGUCAACGCUCGCUAAGAUUACUUUGGAGGGGAGCGCAUACGAAAAUAAUGAGCAACAAAAAAAUUGGCGCUGAAGUGAACAUCUGGUAGAACGAUAAAAAAAAGCCAACUGGCAAAGGGACGGAGUAUAGGACUGGCUCAUUAUCAGCUGUUGUAAAGUGCGAGCACACACUUGUCCGACACCGACUGCGACUGCGACAAUAUCACGGCUGCUUACCGUUAACGUGAAGCGAUUAUUGCAAAAUUCCAAAUCGGCUGCUAACUUUUCACUUUUCUCGUAUGGCAGCUGCAAGUGUGACUACCCACAUUGCCGCCAUUACUGCUUCGCCUCCAGCUGUUGUAGGAGUGUCAAUGGAUGGAGUAGUAGAUGUAGCAAGUACGGCGGAAUCAACAACAACUACCAAUGUCAGUCGCAAGAGCAUGCUGAAUCAGGAAUCUGCGGCCACUGCUAUUACCACAUUUCUCAUCAGCAGCACUAACGCCGGACACGUGGAUGAAGAAGAUAGUUUCACGACAUUGACUUCGGUUUCGCCUGGCUUCGUAGGGACCAGUUCCUCCGCGGCUUCUUCUGCUAUGAUGCCGGAGUUAGGAACACACACCCAUUCUCGUAGGUUACCAUUGCCACUUGUUGCAACGGUGACGGCAUCUUCUAAAUAUGAUGAUAACUUGGAAAUCGGUGGAGAGAUGAUUGCCAGCGCCACAAUGGCGGCGGUUAGGCUUGUCGAUAAUAGUACACAGACUGACGCAUUGAGUGACGAAGAACAGCUCUUGACAGCAGGCAACACUGAGCUGGGGACGGAUGUAUAUGGGGAGAGUGAACAUGCGUACCAUGCGUUGGCAGCGCUGGCUUCAAAUAAUGACAGUGAAGACUAUGGAUUGAUGGAAUUUCACGAAGCGGACGAAAACAAGGAAAUGGCUAUAACAAACAGCGUAAAGGAGUUUGCUGACGAGGCGAUCGGGAAUGCAAAUGAAAGUCAGUUGUUCUAUGGAGAAUUAAACGUUUUCGAUAUGAACCGCGAUUGUAAUGAAUGUAAUGAGUUUUCCAGAUUCGUGGGCGAUAAAAAUUCCGCAAAAUCAAAUAGUCUAAGCCAGUGCGACAACUGUCUGCAGCAAACACUGAAUGCGAUAAAUGAUGGUGGUGGUCAUGCAGAUGAGCCAUCGCCAGUAACUGGCAGCGCUCUGGCUAAUGAACAUUCAGUCAAUCAAAACCAAUCGUUCGAAUCGCAAAGUAGUAAUAUUUUGGACGAUUUAGAACCAGCUGAUUGUACUUGCAAUGCAUCGAGCCAUUUUGGUUGUGGUUGCGAUGAAACAGCUGCCAAUUGUACCUAUCAGGAGCGCAUUAUCGACUAUGAUAAUUUUCGAAUUAUCGAACAUGUUAUCGAUUGUUCCCAUGACAGCUACUGCAAGCACAGCAGAAAAAUGCAUUGCACAGGCUCUUGGGAGGGCGCUGACGAAGACAAUGUGGUGGAAGAAAAUAAAGAACUGAAUUUCGCGUGCCGAGAGUUGGUGACAUUUAUCGGCGAGAGUUAUCAGAUAAUGAAGGCACAAGAACAAACGGAAAACAUAGCUGCAACGACACCCCACUCCCCGCUGGAAUCAACUCGGCCCGUUAAAGAUAUUGCGGAAGAAGAUACAUAUUGUGAGGAAAAUAUGAAUAUUGGCCAUUUCAUUGUUGGUCCACAAAUCGAAAGUCCGUUCAUGGCCGAGAUUGUCGAUGAUAACAAUAAUAAAGGCCGCACCAAAGCCUCCCAAGCUCUGAGUGGAUCGAGCGAUACUAUUCCAUCGGGAGUUAACAAGUCAAUAUCAGCAACUAUUACAGCUUCUUGUUCGGUUUCAAAUCCAAUGCAGUCCAUUAAGAAAACAGAACACCGGUUACCCAAAAAAGAACUACCUAUUGCAAAAGUACAGCUCCCAACACCAUCCGUUACGUUGGCUUUGAAGGCGCUCAAAUCGAAAUUGACGCCACUAGCCCCAUCGUUUCAUCCGGCACGGAAAAAGCAGACAACCACCUCUUCCACAACUGCAGCUGCGUCCUCCCUGUUCGCUCAUGAAAAGACAGCAAUCUACUAUCAACCACAGCCACCAAAGCAGCAGCAGCAGCAUUAUCUGCAACAGACCACCACUACCACUAUGCUGCAUAGGAUGAGUCUCCAUCACCAUUCACAGGCGCAACAGGAACAGCAGCCACAGCCGCAGCCGCAGCAACACCAGCAGCCCCAAGUGUCUGCCAUGGCUCAACAGAGUUACUCCAAAAAUUCCUUUCAACAGCAGCCGCCGCAGCCACUGUUGCCAAAUCUACAACCAUCACACAACUUUGUGACGUCAUCUAUAGAGCAUCAGCAUAAUUGCACACAGCAUGCCAACUCAUUGGGCGGUGUGCCACACAUUCAUUUGCAUAGUGUUGUGCCAGGCUCAGCUGCACUAGCUAGCAGCGCAUUGCACGUAGCGGUUGGCAACACACCGCAAGCACCGCAUCCAAGCAUCUAUCCAGUGCAGGUGAUUUCGCUGACUGCCGCAGCGGCCGAAACACCAAGCAAAGGCAGCAGCAACAGUACUGUUUCCAACGUACAACGGGAAUCGAGCCCUGCUUCCACGGUUGUGGCUGCAGUGGGUGACAGCAGCGCCACCUGGCCAUUUAUGGAUGCAGCUCCCGUGUUCAUCGAUGCCAGCGGUGAACUUCGAACUUUUUGCCCGACGCAUGGUCCGCCGGCCCUCAAUACUGGGGCAAUUACGGCAGCGACCAAUUCAAAUGGGAUGACAUUCAAUCAGUCGAUAGCGAUAAAUGUCGCACAUGGCAACAUUUCUUCACAGCUGCCACAUAUGCAACACUACCAACAAACGAUGCAGCGCCAGACACAAGCACAGGCACAGCCACAGCCGCAGCUGCCACCACAAUCGCUAGCAACAACUUCUGGCGCAACGCCUGCUGCGAUCAUGGCUACCAAUGCCAUCCCAAGUGUAUCAUCGAUCAAUGCAACAAAUCGAGCUUUUUUGCAGCAACAUCAACAACAACAACAGACACCAAUAAAAAGUCUUAAUCAAACUCAAAAUCAAAAUCAAAGCCAAAACCAUCUCCACCAUCAGCAGCAGCACAUUCAGCAUAAUCAGCUGCAGGCACACUAUCAUCAGCAGCAACAACAUCAGCUGCAACAACAACAAUUGGAGUCGGUCAGCGCACUGCAAAUUUCUGGCAAAGCCAAACUUUAUCGAGGUGAGUGAACGCUUUAUUGUUUGCUUAGGCACUUCUAUGUACUCUCCAUACUCCAUACAUUGUCACGCAUU